AUGGAGUGUGUUCGUACCUUAUUGGGGACCACGCAAGCCGAGAGACAAUAUUGCUUCACAGGUGCUGCCUUUCCUGGAAACCCCCGUGUUUACCGACUUGUGUUUGGGUUGCGAGUCCUUUCUCCGGAACACCCCCUGUCUAUAUGUGAGCUGACGUUUCUUGUGAACCUGUUGCUGCGUCUUUACAAACGAAUAAUGUGCCAAGCUCCUUUAAUUGGACUGGCGUCAGAUAUUCGGGGAAUUUUUGCUGGCAAGGAGCUCUCCAGUCUGUGCCAGUCCGUUGGACCAGCGGCCUGCGUGGAGAAGUUGCUCGAGCGUCUGCUGUUGGUCGCAGCUACGGUCUUCGAAUUACAAUGGGUUGGUAGUAGUAUAAUAGGCUGGGUAGCGCUCGAGCAAGCAUUCUGUGCAGCAGUGAAUUUACAAAGAUCAACUCUCGCUCCCUGGAAGUUAGGUGCUUUACGUGACGAAGAGUCUUGGGGGGCUGGCCAUGCCACGAGCCGCUUCCAGGAGGUGUUGCUUGGCGGGGGCAGCAAAGUGCUCCAGCAAGCGACAGAGUUAUUAGGGGAAGGACCCAAGCCUCUUCGAUUCCUCUGUUUCCUUGGGGGCCUCGUAACCUUUUUGACUGCCGGCCUGGCCUGUAUAAAUAUAUUCUCCCUCCUCGUUGAACCGUCUGGCUACAUCCUGCAAUUGUACUUAGUGCUGUUCGGACUUCUGACUAUGACUGUGGAAGCCAAAGAUAUUCAGCCCUUAGAGAGACUAAGGCCCUUUUUCUUUUCAUGGUUUCGCUUUCUUACAGUCCCAGGGGGGAAAGGCUGCUUUUAUCUGUUUUACGGCUCUCUAUCUCUCUCCCUGUGGCGAAGCUCCUUCUUUCUAGCACUCGUUGGCAUGUACACUGCCAGCAUGGGCAUCGUAUGCAUUCUCGUUCAUUUCGGCAUGCGCCGUGAACUUCAGCAACACGGCAUCAGUGUCACGGAGCGCCAGACUGAUGAAGUCGCGUUGGGAAGGCCCAUAGAGCCCGAUAUGAUCGCCCCUCCUGCCUUUUGA